AAACUUGAAAGUUAGAGUGGUUUGGGACAAAAAAAAAAAUCGAAAAAUAAUAUAAAAGCAAACUUUUUUGAAAAUUGUAGAACAUCCAAACACGUCCAGGAGAAUUUUAGCCGUCCACACCACCACCACUCUUCCACCGUCCACAUCCCACACAUGUAGGGAAGACGUUCCACAAAAAACAACAUUAAUUAUUUCAUUCCAUAUUCUCAAUAUUUCAGAUUUCUGUCCAAAAUAGCUUUGAUUUCAUCAAAUAACACAAUAUAAAAUCCAAAAAAAAAAAAAGAAGUUUUCUUUGUCAUGCUAAAACAACAGAGUCCCUAAAAUCUCCAAUGCAAGAAAUGGCGAACUUUUUAGUCAUGUAUUUAUAGGCUUUACUUUUUUUUCUCUCCUAACUUUCUCUUUCUUCCAUUUCAAGCAUGAUAUUCUGACAAGUUUUGAUGAUGGUGGGUUAAUUGCACUUUUGAUGAUAGGAUUGAAGAUUGAACAAUAAAGAGGAAAAAACUAAAUAUUGAAGAUGUCUGGAUUUGAGGGUGUAAUUGUUUCUGAUCCUCGGUUACAGAGUCAAUUCACCCAAGUGGAGCUUCGCAGUCUUAAGUCUAAGUUUUCAGCAUUAAGAACUCAAUCUGGUCGUGUUACGGUAUCGGAUUUGCCACCAGUUUUGGCUAAACUUAAGGGUAUCAAUGGAUCCUAUACAGAAAAUGAAGUCAGAGCUGCAUUGGAGGAUUCGUAUCCUGACAUCACUCACGAGAUCGAUUUUGAAUCUUUCUUAAGGGAAUAUCUUGGGUUGCAAGGCCGAUCUAGUGGGAAAGGUGCUGGGUUUAAACGAGCUUCUUCUAUCCUCAGACAAUCAACCACAACCCAUUUUCAUGUCAUUAGUGAAUCAGAGAAGGAAUCUUAUGUGACACAUAUUAACAAUCAGCUGGCAGAGGAUCCAUUUUUGAAGAACUUUCUACCAAUAGACCCGAAAACAAGUCAGCUAUUCGACCUUGCAAAAGACGGAGUUCUUCUUUGUAAGCUGAUUAAUGUUGCUGUGCCUGGGACGAUAGAUGAAAGAGCAAUCAACACCAAAAAGAACCUUAAUCCAUGGGAGAGAAAUGAGAACCACACACUUUGUCUUAAUUCUGCAAAAGCUAUAGGUUGCACGGUUGUUAAUAUUGGCACGCAAGACUUGGUGGAGGGACGACGCCAUCUGUUAAUGGGGUUGAUUUCUCAAAUUAUUAAGAUUCAAUUGUUAGCUGACCUCAAUUUAAAGAAGACACCUCAACUUGUGGAGCUGGUGGAUGAUAAUCAGGAUGUGGAGGAGCUCAUGAGUUUGGCUCCAGAAAAGGUCUUGUUGAAAUGGAUGAACUUCCAGCUGAAGAAAUCAGGAUAUACAAAGGAGGUGACAAAUUUUUCAACUGAUUUGAAGGAUGGUGAAGCUUACGCUCAUUUACUUAACGUACUUGCACCUGAACACAGUACCACCUCAACAUUGGAAACAAAAGAUCCUACUCAACGAGCAAAAUUGAUUGUGGAGCAAGCAGAGAAAUUGGAUUGCAAGAAAUAUAUUAGUCCAAAGGAUAUUGUAGAGGGAUCAACAAAUCUGAAUCUUACAUUUGUUGCUCAGAUUUUCCAGCACAGAAACGGUCUGACUGCUGAGGUUGAUACUGAGAAGAUAUCCCUAACGAAUGUUUUAGAUGAUGACACUGAAACUUCAAGGGAAGAGAGAUGCUUCCGGCUUUGGAUUAAUAGUCUAGGAGUUUCAACAUAUGUCAAUAAUUUGUUUGAGGAUGUUAGACCAGGGUGGGUUCUUUUGGAAGUGCUGGAUAAAGUUUCUCCAGGAUCAGUUAACUGGAAGCACACCAGCAAACCUCCUAUCAAGAUGCCUUUCAAGAAGGUUGAAAAUUGCAAUCAAGUCAUUGAUAUUGGAAAAAACUUGAACUUGUCCCUAGUGAACGUUGCUGGAAAUGAUAUUGUACAAGGGAAUAAGAAAUUAAUUAUAGCCUUUCUCUGGCAGUUGAUGAGGUUUACAAUGCUCCAACUGUUGAAAAAUUUGAGAUCUUUUUCACACGGAAGGGAGAUUACAGAUGCACAUAUUCUUGAUUGGGCAAACAAAAAGGUCAAAAGUUCAGGAAAAUCUUCUCAAAUGGACAGCUUCAAGGAUAAAAGUCUAUCGAGUGGGAUAUUUUUCCUGGAACUUCUUAGUUCAGUGGAGCCAAGAGUGGUUGAUUGGACAGUUGUAACCAAAGGCGAAAAUGAUGAGGAUAAGAAGCUGAAUGCAUCUUACAUAAUCAGUGUUGCUAGAAAACUUGGAUGUUCUAUAUUCUUGUUGCCGGAGGAUAUUUUAGAGGUAAAUCAGAAGAUGGUACUUACCUUAACAGCAAGCAUCAUGUACUGGAGCCUUCAGAAAAAACCCGGGCAGUUGGCCGUUCUUGAAGAAACUGAUCCUGCCGAAGCAUCCGAACCCCAAGAAGAGGACCAGCCAGAAGAGGAAUGAUUUUUUAGUGGAACAAAUGUUUUUUGAGUUUGCUUUAUUUUUUUGUGUUCAAUUAUCUUGGCCAUACCAACAGGAAGUACUUAAAACAAAAGAAAGAAAUAGGAUUAACAAAAGAAAGAGUCGAAACGUAAAAAAAAAAUGCAAAUUUUGUUUAGUUACUUGUUUUCACAUGUAAAUUCACUUAAAUAGUUAAGAUGUAUACAUGUUGGCACAAUUCAUUUAUUGAUGAUAAGCGCAAAGUAAGUUUGUUUGGGUUGUA